AUGGUUUCGGGGCAUACUGUUCGCGCGCCGGGCGUGGGGCGUGUGCGUGUGUGUGGUGUGGGGGUGUCGGGGGGUGUGUGUGUGGGUGUGGGGGGUGUGUGGGGGGCGUGUGGACUAGGCGGCGGGCCACUCCUUGUUAAACUCGUUGUUGAAGUGUUUGGGCGCGUGGUGCGGGUGGUGCACACCUGGCUGCGCGGCCGAGUGGUACUCGCCGGCGCCGUAGCGCGACCCGCCGCCGCCGUACGACGAGCCCUAGCCAUUCCCGCACACGUUAGCCGCCGUCACUGGCCGCCCCACCGUAUACCCCGUCUAGUAUCGAUAGGGUCGCCAACC